GACGUGCUUAUGACUAUUAUAGCUUCACCUAGAAAGAAAACGUUUGAAAAAGGUUUAGAUUUAAGGGUCUCUUUGCACAAUAGGACUGUAAGGGGAAAAAUUCUCAAAAUGAUUCGGAGCAGUGAAAACGCCAUCAGACCCAGAAAAAGCACGAACUGGUCCUCUGAUCCUGUCAAACACAAUAAACCUCUCAUUUUUAAAAUAGGAGAUAAUGAAUCUUCGAACGAACACCCAGGGCAAUUGAGUUACAGUCACUAUUAUAAUAAUAAAUCCAUAAGAAAGCAGGAAACCCCAGUUACAACAGAUGUGAAGAAAAGUGUAAUACAGCAGCUGGAGAAGUACUGUGAAAACACUACUUUACAUGGUUUGAGAUAUGUUGGAGACCCUCAAUUAACUUUUGGAGAACGAUUUUUUUGGCUUAUCUCUUUUACUUUAGCUGUAGGAUUCGCUGCUUAUUACAUAUCAAAUAUUUAUGCCAAGUGGAAGUCUAGUCCUGUUAUAAUCAGCUUCAGCCCUUUUGAUGCUGAACUAGGCUCAAUUCCUUUUCCCGCUAUCACAAUUUGCAAUAUGAACCAAGCUAAGAGAAACGAAGCUGAAAAAAUACUUAAAGAAGGAUCAGAGGUUGAGAAGAAAUUGUUAGAUGACGCUUGUAAUGGAAACGCUACCUUUAGUAAUAAUGAAAAUAUAAGCUGGGAAUCUUUAAGGGAUUUUUUAGUAAAGGUUGGAAACUCUUGCUCUGAUAUUUUAAAAUCUUGCAAAUGGGGAAGUGAUAAAAUCAACUGCGAAGAGCAUUUUAACAAUGACUUGACAGAUGAAGGGCUUUGCUGCUCUUUUAAUCGACUACCUCCUGAGAAGAUUUUUAGAAAUAUGAAGGAUAUUAGCAUACUAAAUCAAACGUACCCGAGUAAUGUUUACGACUGGAACGCAGAAAAGGGGUUUGAAGAUAUUGAUUAUGGAGAUUAUAUUCCCAGAAGGCCAUUAGGUGCCGGAGCCCAUCUAGGUCUUUCAGUAAUACUAGAUGCCCAAAUAAACAACUAUUACUGUUCUUCUACCAGAAGUACUGGCUUCAAGGUGAUUCUCUCUAACCCAAUAGAAACUCCAAAGAUGGCAGAUUUUGGAUUUCUAAUAAGCCCAGGCUAUGAAACUAGAGUUAGCAUUGAACCAAACAUUCGUGAGGCAACAGUAUCUUUGAGAGGGGUACCAAUAGAGAAACGACAGUGCUAUUUUUCAAAUGAAAGACCUUUGCAGUAUUACAGGACUUACACUCAGAGAAAUUGUAAGCAAGAAUGCCAGUCAAACCACACCCUUUCGAUAUGCCAGUGCGUUCCUUAUUAUUUACCAAAGAACAAACAGAUGAAAUAUUGUGGAAAAUCUGAUCAACCUUGUGUGGAACAAGCCAAGUAUGACAUGGAAACUGCGCUUGGAAACGGGUCAAGUUGCUUCUGCCUCCCGUCAUGUUACGCCAUAAAUUAUGAAGACCAUAAGUCUUUUUCCCCACUUUCACUUGUAAAAAAUGAUGAUAUCUCUUCAGUAUCAUCAGAAAAUUUUGUGAACGACAUAGCAGUAGUUCAAUUUUAUUUCAUGUCAACUCAAUUUAGUAAAGAAGUUAAGAGCGAACUUUACGGAUUUACAGAAAUUCUUUCUAACACAGGAGGACUGCUAAGUCUUUGCUUGGGAUUUAGCUUCUUGAGCCUAAUAGAACUAAUUUACUUUGGAACGCUAAAAGUUUGCUGCGAUGUAUUCCAAAAGAGUAGCCAUAAAAGGGGUAAAAGCGCUCCAGUUAUUCCCUUUUUAAGAUAAAUUUUGAAGAAUAU